AAAUAAAAAACUCACUUGGCAGGUAAAUACAUGUUCAUAGGUAUGGAUGUCACAACGAACUACUACAUUUGUGGUCUUCCUAUUGCAGACUCCUCCAGAAUCAAGGAACUGCCAGUCCAGUACAUCACAGGAGGCAUUGCUAUUGGGCUGCAAAAAAAAUUCACCUUUAGGAAGUUAUUUGACCGCAGCCUUCAGAAGAUGCAGGAGUCAAGCCUGAUGAACAAGCUGAGGUCCAAUUGGCUAUCAGCAGGAACUUCAAUGUGUGGCAGGAAGACUAAAUUCACAGCCAGCCUCUCUGAUGUGGCUGCAAUCUUCAUCCUCUUGAUGGGUGGUGCAGCAUUUAGCUGUCUGCUGCUGCUGCUGCUGCUGCUGCUGGAGUAUGCAGUGGAUAAUGAUGCAUGUGUAAAACCAUGGCCCAUAUUCUGAAGCACUCUGCUCUCUCACUAUGACCAUUUUCAGAGUCCACAUAGAUGAUUAGCUGGGUUCUCAAGAAAGAUUUCUCCUGUUGAUAAAUUUGAAAUCUUGUUAAUUUGGCAUUAGACCUGCAUAAGUACCUCAACACACAUGUAACUUCAUCCAGAGCCUUUUAAAAGCAGUGGAAGUGAGGUUUAGUAGUGUUUCAGAACAUUACCCAACAUACCUAAAACUCAAAAGCAUAUGAACCGAGUGACAAUCUCACACAAGGAGGCCAAGGCAAAGUGCAUAACAUAACUUAAGAAUUGAAAGUCUCAUAUAUCCUGCCAUGUACAUAAGAGUAUAAUGGAAGCUGCAAGACUACACAAGGCAGGCAGUCCCUCUAUAAAGCAUAUUAACCACACAUACAGAUACAUGCAAGACAAAUAAGCAGACAAUAAGUUCUUGGGGUUUGCUGACCUGAAGGAACUGCAGAAAAUAACAAGAAACAAGACACCUACACUUUUUUUUUCUGUACGAGGGACACUGGCCAGGGGCAAAAAAAAAAAAAAAAAAAAAAAAAAAAAAAAAAAAAAAAAAAAAAGUGUCCGAAGCAGUAGUCAAAAAUUGAAGGAUAAGUGUCUUGAAACCCCUCUAUUGAAGGAGUUCAAGUCAUAGGAAAAUGGAAAUACAGAAGCAGGCAAGGAGUUCCAGUUUACCAGAGAAAGGGAUGAAUGAUUGAGAAUACUGGUUAACAUUCGCAUUAGAAAGGUGGACAGAACAGGAUUGAGAGAAAGAAGAAAGUCUUGUGCAGCGAGGCCACAGGAGGAGGGAAGGCAUGCAGUUAGCAAGAUCAGAAGAGCAGUUAGUAUGAAAAUAGUGGUAGAAGACAGCUAGAGAUGCAACAUUGCACUGAUGAGAGAGAGGCUGAAGACAGUCAGUUAGAGGAGAGAAGUUGAUGAGACAAAAAGCUUUUGAUUCCACCCUGUCUAAAAGAGCAGUAUGAGUGGGACCCCCCCCCCCCCUCCAGACAUGUGAAGUAUACUCCAUACAUGGACGGAUAAGGCCCUUGUACAGAGGUAGCAGCUGGGGGGGUGAGAAAAACUGGCGGAGACAUUUCAGAACACGUAACUUCAUAGAAGCUGUUUUAGCUAGAGAUGAGAUGUGAAGUUUCCAGUUCAGAUUAUACGUAAAGGACAGACUGAGGAUGUUCAGUGUAAAAGAGGGGGACAGUUGAGUGUCACUGAAGAAGGGAUAGUUGUCUGGAAGGUUGUGUUGAGUUGAUGGAUGGAGGAAUUGAGUUUUUGAGGCAUUGAAUAAUAUCAAAUUUGCUCUGCCCCAAUUAGAAAUUUUAGAAAGCUCAGAAGUCAGGCAUUCUGUGGCUUCCCUGAAUGAAAUGUUUACUUCCUGAAGUGUUGGACGUCUAUGAAAAGAUGUGGAAAAGUGCAGGGUGGUAUCAUCAGCAUAGGAGUGGACAGGACAAGAAGCCUGGUUUAGAAAGUCAUUGAUGGAUAAUAAAAAGAGAGUGGGUGACAGGACAGAACCCUGUUAAUAGAUUUAGGAGAAGGAAUGGCCUAAGUUAAUGCUUAAGAAGUUUUGAAAAAGGAAAAAAGGUGACUGGGACGUGAGAUGUGAAUGCAAGUGAAUGGCAACGUGGGGAAAAAAAUAUAAAAUAUUGUGAGCUGCUCUUUGCAAACACUUUAAAAAAGAAAAAAAAUUAUUUACCAUUCUACUGGAAAAGAAAAUACAAGACUAUAAAAGAAUGACUGAUUACAUGGCAGUGUGUGUGUGUGUGUGUGUGUGUGUGUGUGUGUGUGUGUGUGUGUGUGUGUGUGUGUGUGUGUGUGUGUGUGUGUGUGUGUGUGUGUGUGUGUGUGUGUGUGUGUGUGUGUGUGUGUGUGUGUGUGUGUGUGUGUGUGUGUGUGUGUGUCUGUCUGUCUGUCUGUGCGUGCGUGCGUGCAUGUGUGCAUGCGUGCGUGCGUGUGUGCAUGCGUGCGUGCGUGCAUGUGUGCCUGCGUGUGUGUGUGUAAAUUUCCUAAAAGAAUACUUGGGAUGAUCAAAAAAAUAAAUAAAUAAAAAAUAAAUACAUAUAUAAAUGAAUAUAAAUGAAUAAAUAAAUAAAUAAAUAAGUGAAUAAAAUAAAUAAAUAAAUAAAUAAAUAAAAUAAAUGAAUAAACAAAUAAAAAAUUAAACAACACAUGAAAUGGUACAUUUGUCUAUGCAUGAGUCUCAUUAGCACUGCCA